UAUAGAGAGCUCAGUGAGCUGAUCAGAGAGAAAGCAUUCUGCCAGCCCGGCUCCUACCAAUCGCAAAUCACUUCCUAACCUCCGCCUUUUUAACAUAUUUGAUCACUUUGAUUCUCUACUCCUUUUCCUAUUAUUUUUCAGUGCUCGGAGGAGGUUUGUAGGUUGUGAUCUUUGUUUUUUUGUUUUAGUGCUUUCGCUUUUUGGGGGAGAGUUGUCUUCAUAUUCCAAGCUCUCAAAACAUUGGCUUCAGCUGCGCGCUUGCUGGCGCUACCUCACAAGGAGAAAAGGAAGAAGACGCAGUUUUUUUUUACCCAGUUGGUGAUUUUCUCCAAGACUUGUGCUGGAACUUGAUAGUAGCUGCUACAGUGUGCUCACUAAUUGUUUUAUGCUGCUGCGGGCACGGUCUUAUCAGCCUGCUCCAUCAUCCACUGAAUAGUCCAUGCUACCUCGGUUGGUUAUUUUUGAGUAUUUAACCCACCUUUCCCAUUGAUGGGUGUACUGGAUGGCUGACUGUAAGCGCCCCUGGACUUGGCCUUUAAGCGCAAGGCAGCGACUCAGCUCGCCAUCGCAUCAGUUUUGAAAACGUGCUUCGCAACGUCUCCAACAGCAAUAAAUCGACAGUUUUCGGGAGAUUCAGACUGGAUUCAGCGUAGGCUAGAUCUGACAUUUUGUGUGUCCGACUGUUAAUCACAGUUUACCGCGUUUCCUUGAGACAUUAUUCACCGCGACACCAAAACGGCAGACAAAAAGUUUCUUUACGUUGACUGAUAGAUAUGGCAAUGGUAGUGUGGAGAGGCUCCCAGGACGAUGUGGCUGACACCCAAGGCACCCUUUCCUCGCAAACCCAAGGAGGACUAUCUCUUCCCACACCUCAAGCAGGCCAGUUGAAUCUGACAGCCUCUCAGGUCGCCCCUCCGACCCCUCAGACUCCGGUCCAAGGACCCCCGAACAACACACAGUCCACGCCGACGAACCAGACGUCGCAGCAGUCGGAGAAACAGCCACAGCACAUUGAAUGUGUGGUCUGUGGGGAUAAAUCUAGCGGUAAACACUAUGGCCAGUUUACUUGCGAGGGGUGCAAGAGCUUCUUCAAACGGAGCGUACGACGGAACCUCACUUACACAUGCCGUGCCAACAGGAAUUGUCCAAUCGACCAACACCACCGCAAUCAGUGUCAGUACUGCCGCCUCAAAAAAUGCCUUAAAGUCGGCAUGAGACGGGAAGUUUCUCUUUUUACUGCAGCCGUGCAAAGGGGACGGGUGCCACCCACACAGCCACACCACGGCCAGUUCGCCUUGACAAAUGGAGACCCACUCCACUGCCAUUCCUACUUAUCCGGAUAUAUCUCUCUUCUGUUGAGAGCGGAGCCCUACCCGACGUCCCGGUAUGGCAGUCAGUGCAUGCAACCCAACAACAUAAUGGGUAUCGAGAACAUUUGUGAACUAGCAGCCAGGAUGCUCUUCAGUGCCGUGGAGUGGGCCAGGAAUAUUCCCUUCUUUCCAGACCUUCAGAUCACAGACCAGGUGGCUCUGCUGAGGUUGACGUGGAGUGAGUUAUUUGUGCUCAACGCCGCGCAGUGCUCCAUGCCCCUGCAUGUGGCUCCACUCCUAGCGGCGGCUGGCCUUCACGCCUCCCCCAUGUCUGCGGACAGAGUGGUGGCCUUUAUGGACCACAUUAGGAUCUUCCAAGAACAAGUGGAAAAGCUCAAAGCUUUGCACGUUGACUCUGCUGAAUAUAGCUGCUUAAAGGCAAUUGUGCUCUUCACUACAGAUGCUUGUGGCCUCUCAGAUGUGGCCCAUGUGGAAAGUUUGCAGGAGAAGUCCCAGUGCGCCCUGGAGGAAUAUGUCCGGAGCCAGUAUCCCAACCAGCCAACACGGUUUGGGAAGUUGUUACUCCGCUUGCCUUCCCUCCGCACAGUCUCUUCCUCGGUCAUAGAACAAUUAUUUUUCGUCCGAUUGGUAGGUAAAACCCCAAUUGAAACUCUCAUCAGGGAUAUGUUGCUUUCGGGGAGCAGUUUUAACUGGCCUUACAUGCCAAUUCAGUAAACCAAGACGGAGACGAAUAAACAAAAGGUGGGGUUGGGGGGCUACGAGACUACAAUGAUUAUAGCUGCUUUUGUGGAAGGAAUAAAAAACCAACCGGCUGUUACACGGGGCUGGCUUUCAUGAAGAAAGACAUUGACGUAAAUGACUGUGAAUUACCCCCUACUCCAAAAAAAAAAAAAAAAAAAAAAAAAAUUAAAAAAAAAUUGAGACAUCCACUGAACUUU